UCCAGCUUUUAAAUCCCUCCACAACUCUAUCUAUCUCUGUCCGUCUCGUUCUCGAUCUCCUCCUAUCCAAACCCUAAUAAUAAACCACUAGAAGAGAAGAGAAUUAGAGGAGGGAGGACGGACUGGAUCGUUUCCCAUCCGGCGACCGGAAGCUCCAGAUCCGGGCAUCGGAUCUCGAAUUCGGAGUUCCGAGUUCGAUUUCGCCGGAGGCGGCGAGGCCGGCACCGGCACCGGCCGGGAACCGUAAGUUUACUCUGAUCUCGAAGGAUCUGAUAUUUUUUUGCUCGAUCUGGUUCCGUUUCUAUCCGCGAUCGGUUUUCGUUUCGGUUUUCUUCUCGGGGGGUGAUUUUGGUGUCCUUUCAUCUGGGUCUGAGCAAUGACGGCGGAUGCGAAGGAGUGUAAUGGUGGAUGCGAGGGGCAGAAGGUGGGAUCCGAGGGGAAGGUGGGAUUGGGAGCGGUGGUGGAGGGAGAUCGGAAGCGGAAGGAAAGUUAUAAUGGCAUUGCGCUCCGAGAGGGGGAGGAGAGCGUAGGGGAUGGGAGCGAGGGCUCUUUUGUGGUGGUGAACGAGGAGUCGGAUAAUCCGGUUGAGAGGGAUCUCGAUCCUCGACGGAAAGUUGAUCCCGUGGUCGCCGACGAGAGCGGCGGCCCGCCGGCGAAUGUGGGUUCCUUGUCUGAGGAGGAUGUGGCCUCCGGAGAUCGCGAAGCGGGUGGAGAGAAGGAAGGUGAUCGCAAGGAGGGUGUUGAUUCUGUUGUGAAUGCUGAGACAGGGGUGGAAGAUCGGAAAGAUGAGACGGCGGUAGGUGGUUCGGUUGAGGAGGAAACGAUGGAAUCCAAGGCAAAUACUGUGGCGGAGGCAGAGGAGAGCGAGGAGAAGGAAAUUAGUGGACGGGGUGAGUCAGAGGGGAAUAUUGGCGUGACUAACAAUGAAGUGGAACUAGAAGGAGAACGGAAGGAGGAGAUUGUCGCUAUAGAGACGGAGCUCAAGGUAGAACCAGAAUCUCUUGCUGAAGUACAAGAGAAGUUGAAAACCACAAUGACAGAGGCUGAUGACCAAACUAGAACAGAAUUUACUGUUAAAGUUGAAGAAGGGCAAGAGCCUGAGAUUGUGGUUACAGAGACUGACCAGCAGGUUAAAUUGGACGUGGGUGCAGAGACCAAAGUCCACCAAGCAGAACCGAAGUCAGAGGUGGAGAAUGUGCUUACAGAGACUGAGCACCAAUUGGAAUCAGAAUCAUCGGUUGAAGUGCAAAAGCAGGAUGCUUUGACUGCCACCAGAGGCACUCAUGAUCAAGUGGAAGCCAAAUCAGCUGUUGUGGUGGAGACACAGGAGCCCCAGAUUGUGUCAACAGAGAGGAAUGACCAAGAGCAAUCAGAAGUAGUUGUUCAGAAGGAAGACAAACAGGAGCCCAUGACUCUGGUUUCAGAGAUAAAAGACCCAGCAGAAUUACAAUCUGCUGAAGUAGGGUUGAAAGAGGAGACUGAGGUUGCCGGUGACCAAGAUGAACCUGAAGCAAUAGUGAAAGUAGGAGAAGGACAGAAGCCUGAGAGUGUGGUCACAGAGACUCCAACAUCCGAAUCUCUUUCUCUUGAGCAUGAGAAGGUGAGGCUGUCAAAUGAGGCUGAAGAAGGUCCACCUGAUGAAUGCUCGGCUGAAAAUGCAGUGGCUUCGGAACCCCAAUGCGAAACCAGUUUACAAAAAGCAGAGAACAGUGAAUCUGCUGAAAGUCAUGAAGCCAGCAUGACCUCUCACCUUGAUGGCAUAAUGAAGGAAGCUGAACCAAGUGGUGAUCCUGAAAACUCCAAAAACUCAAGUGUGUUCCAUGUUGGUGACCAGGAAUUUCUGGAAGAAGUCAAAGUCAGCACUAAAUCUUCUGAGAAUGGUGAAACCAGCCCCACAGAAACUGAAACUGGCAUUCACAGCACAGAUGGGCCUGGACCAUCAUGUUCUGUCAGUGGUGCAGAUGUAGCAUCAGAAAUAAUAAAUGCAUCUAUUAAUAGUGGAGUCGAAGUUGAAAAUGUUCUGCUUCAAGGUACAGAAAGCAUGGUCGUUUGUUCAAAUAAUGAUACCAGGUUAGAAAGUAAAGUUUGCAAUGAUGUGGAAAUUGAGAAUCAUGCUGUUGCAAUGGAAUCGGACUCCAGAAUUGGAAAUGACUCUGCAGAAAGUGGUGAAUAUUUGGCCAGCUCUGUUGAAGAUGACCAUGCUACCAGGAAGGAUGAUGACGAAGAACCUACCAGUGCGGAAGUUGAAGCAGUCGAGGUGAUCCAGGCCCCACCAGAGGAUCCUAGUGGCUCAGCUUUUGAUGGGGAGAGGGUGGAUAUAGAGGUGGCGAAAAGGCAGCCAUGUUAUAUAAUUAGAGUCCCCAGAUUCACUGAUGAUGAGCUAUGGGCUCAAAUACAGCAUGCUAAAUUGGAACUAGAAGAGCAGACGCGAAGCAGGGAUUCUAUUAGAGUUUCAGUUCAAAAGAAAAAGGCAACUUGUAAUGAAUACCGGGAAAAGUUAGAAACUGCAAAAGCAAAAGAGAAAGCUGUAAGGGCUGCAUAUAGUGCUAAGCGACAAGAAAUAGAGUCUGUCCAGUCAAUGCUUAACAAGAUAAGGAAUGCGACCUCAAUUGAAGAAAUUGAUAAUAAGAUAGAAGCAAUGGACCGUGAAUUUCAGCAUUCGACGAUGGGUUUGAAAGAAGAAAAACAACAUCUGCUUAAUAUUAAGCAACUGAGACAACGCCGUGAACAGUUAUCUUCCAACAUGGGCUCAAAAUCAGAUAUUGAUAUGGCAUUUGACCAAAGAGACCAGAUUGAAGAGCGCUUCAAGACUUUGAAGAAGGAACUGGAUUCCCUCAAAGCUGAUUUAUCAGAAGCUGAAAUAAAAGGAAGAGAGGCAUGGAAAGAAUAUGAUGAUGAAGUCCGGCAUUUAAAGGUUCUACAAGAACAAUUUAGAACAUCUGACGAGAUUCGUCAAAAAGCAUAUGGACAUUGGAGGAACCUCAAAGAUGAGUCAAUUGAAAAGAGCAAAUAUUUUUUCACGUACAAGAAUGACCAGGAAGCUGCGGCAAACUAUGUAUCCUCCCGGGACAGAAAGGGUCUUUGGUUGCAUUGCAGCAAACAGGUGGAAAAAAUUAUGGAGCUGUGGAACAACAAUGAUGAAUUCCGCUUGCAGUAUGUCAAAUCAAACAAGAACAGCACAUUGAGGAGAUUGAAGACAUUGGAUGGAAGAUCGCUUGGCCCAGAUGAGGAGCCACCUGCACCACGUGCUACUAUAGACAAAGGCUCAAGCUCUGUUUCAAACACGUCCAACAGUAACCCACCUGUAGCCGUAAUAGCUUCAGAAGCAAAACCAGGAAAGUCGGAUGUACUGGCUGCCCCUAAAGAAAAGGAGUCAUUUCCACCCUUGCAAACAGCACAAAGAAAUCAAUCUUCUAGAUCCAAAAAAUCUACCAAGCCUAGUUCAAAAGAAACCAUCAUGGUUCCAGUUUCUGACAGAGAAGAGGUAGAAGCUGCUCCAAAAGAGAAUAGUCGAACAAAAGAGGAGGAGGAACAGGCAAGGAAGGCGGAGGAGUUGGCUAGGAAGGAAGAAGAAUUGAGAAAGGAAAAGGCUGAAGCUGAGAUGAAGGAACGGUUGCGGUUGGAACAGAAGGCCAAAGCCAAGGAGGCUGAGGAAAGGAAGAGGCGGAAAGCUGAGAAGGCCCAAGCCCGGGCUGAAUAUCGAGCACAGAAGGAAGCUGAGCUCAGAGACAAGAAGAAACUAAAGAAGGAGAAAAAGAAAGCUGCAGCCGCAUCAAAUACAGCAAAUGGAGGUGACGGAGAUCAUGUUCCUGCUCCUGCUACAGACGAUGGUCGGGCUGAAAAUGCUCCAGAACCUGACAACCAAUCAGCAACUGCUUCAAAAAGGCCCUCAAGGCCACCAUUGGUAGCUGCAAAGCAAUAUAAUAAGAUGCCACCUGUUCCCUUGCCCCUUCGUAAUAGGGGUAAGAGAAAGAUGCGUACAUGGAUGUGGGUGGUUCUGACAACUCUACUGGUACUGGCUUUGUUUUUGGCCGGCAACUACAUGGCUUUCAGUUUCAGCCACUAACCGUCUGGCUUUUGAGCAUAUUUAUAUAUUUACACACGGUUUUAUAUCUUUGUUAGUUACAGUCUAUAGAGUUUAGGAGGUGUUGCCAAUAGAUGAAAGGCAGCCAUUCGUUUUUGUGCACUACUUGUUAGGCCUUUUUCAUUUGGAUUGUUUUUAUUUCUAUAGUUUGCUCCUUUCAUUUGCCAUUGAGAUUCAUGACGUUGAUACGUGUCAUUAUUUGAUUUGGACAGUUGUUUAAUUUAUAUUUUGCGUAAGUCCAUAAUAACAGCGGUAAUAUAGUUUCAGAUAUUGCCA